AUGGCAUGGCAACGUUACGCAGCUGGCUACGUUUCUGGAUGUACUAGGAACGAUGUCUUCAAUGAAACACAAAGCGAUCGAGUUAUUAAUGAGACAAUCGUUAAUUUUUCCGGCGAUGUUCUGCUCGAUGCUGGUCAGUCAGGAACAUCUGGGACGUACCGGGUCAGCGAAUUUGAUGUCUCCGACAAGCUAGAUUUUGACGAUCAUUACUGCUUUGGAACCAAUAGCGAAAUAUUCGUUGUCAAUGAGCCCUUCAUUCAUCGCGGCGAAGGCUGUUGCACCACUGACUUGACUGACGACGACGGUAACAGUGUCGCUAGCGCAAAUUAUACGAUAGAAGCCAAGGUUAACGACAUCUUUAAUGACUCCCCUACUGUAUACAGAAUUCCUAACAGAUGGAACAUCAUGUUCGGCUGCAACAACCAACAAUUCAACCUUGCUCCUGUCGACAACAACGGCGACAGUGUUCGUUGUCGCUGGGCAACUUCCGAUGAAGCGGGAGGAAUGGCGCGGGUAAACGGCAGAUUUGACUCCCUGGUUCUCGACGAGGAAAAUUGCAUCAUCACAUACGUACCUGGACAAAACGCUUCUCCUGGAACCCAACCGAUUGCCAUUCAAAUCGAGGAUUUCGACAGCGACGGAAAUAUGAGAUCUUCGAUUCCAGUCCAGCUUAGGGCGAAUAUUUGGUUUCCAGCUGCUGAUUUUCCAGCGUAUUGCGAUGGUCGACCGAGUUUCAAGGGAAACACACCCAACCAAGGGCGCAGCAUUGGUAUCUGGCAUAAGAUCAACAUCCUCUUCACCGCCUCGUACACUUGGAACAAUGAGGAGCGCUUCGACAUCGACCGAAUCGUUUAUUCCUUGCCUCCAGGAAUGACUUGCUUAGGAGUCAACAAAUUCACCGGCGAUUCCUACUGUUCCUGGGAGCCCGAUGAUGACUUGUGGAGUGAAAGGUCAACCGAGCUCUGCGCGAUUGCCUACGAUCCAAUGAACAGAAAUUCUGACCAAGUCUGUGUCACUCUUUACCUCGAUUUCCGAACAGUUACUAACCUUCCCGAAUGCAAUGUUUGCUCAGGUGCUGGAUUGACAACCGCCCAGACUUACGCUGAUUGUAAAAGCUCGAUGGCGCUACAGUCAUGCAUAGGCCUCGGACCUGGGGACAUCUGUGGAGUGGAAGUAAGAAUGGAUCGUGGAGAAGUAACGCAGCUGGAUAUAAGGUGCUUCAACGAACUGCAAUGCUUAAGAAGCUUAAACAACAACUUUAUGGCACCAUUUAUGUGGCAAAGUACUUGCCGGCCUGAGCACAAGCUUCAGACAAGACGAUUCGGCCAGUCGACAUGCUACGGCUGCUUGAGAGCGUGUGGCAACAGAGAACCCUGCUUCGAUCCGACCACAGCUUCAUUUAACUUGGAUGCCUUGCCAAGAAUUGCUUGGACUGAUGUGAAUUACAUGAACCCAAAUUACUAA